AUGUCUGCAUUUCAGGCGGCAUCAAAUUCGUCAACCGCUCUAAACUCCGAGGGCAAUGUUACCACGAGUAACUACCCAUAUCUGACUGAUCUGAGCACAAAUGGUCAGGGGGACUCGUUGGUACUCGGACGUGGAGAAUUAGUCGGACUUGAUCUCAACUCAGAUGAACUGAAUUUGCAACAAUUUCGACAUCUAACACACUUGGAUCUUUCUCGAAACCGGCUGAAUUCAACCACAUUUCUGCGUGACUUACCUGAACUAAGUAGAUUGGACUUGUCCUACAACCAGAUCAAGGAAAUUGACGGAGUUUUGCAUUGCUCACAUCUCGAAUGUUUACGAGUGGCACACAAUCUACUCGUGAGCAUUCCUAGGUUGGAAGUGUUGCCAUUUUUACGCGAAUUGGAACUGAAUGAUAACCACAUAAACUCUAUCCAAGGUUAG